AUGCUCACUCACACACACACACGCACACACUACACACACACUUCAACUGGCAAAAGUUGCGACUGGCUCUUCCUCUAUUUUGGCCACUUUUGCAGCAAGGGAGAGGAGGCGAUGUCUGUCAGGGUGUGGUUUUCCGCACUGGGGCUGCUGGCCGGGCUCUGUUGCUCUUUUCUGGGGCCUGCGGAGGGGGGGAAUGUGCUGGUUAUUCCCGUCGAUGGGAGUCACUGGCUGAGCAUGAAGAUCUUGGUGAAGGAGCUGACGCGCAGAGGACACGAGGUGGUGGUUUUGGUGCCUGAGAGCAGUCUGCUGAUGAACAGCUCAGAGGGCUACAGGACUCAGCUCUACAAGGUGCCCUACAACAAAGCCGAGCUGGACGGCACGUUUGCGCAGCUCCAGGACAGCGUCUUCGUCAAGUCGCCGGUGUUCACCGACAUGUUGUUCAAUGUAGAGCUUUUGGUCAACUUUACGUCAUUCCAGGAAAAAGGCUGUAGAAGUCUCCUCGACCAGCAGCCUCUGCUGAGUCAGCUGAGGGAUGAAGCCUUCGAUCUGGUGCUGACAGAUCCUUUCCUCCCAUGCGGCUCCAUCCUGGCUCGUAUCUUUGGCAUCCCGGCUGUUUACUUCCUACGCGGACUUCCCUGUGACUUAGAUUCCAAGGCUAACCGGUGCCCCGUUCCGUUGUCUUACGUUCCCAAAUUCUACUCCGGUAACACAGAUGUCAUGACCUUCACAGAGAGGGUCAAAAACAACAUUCUGGCUUUGGUGGAGUCCUAUUUGUGUCAUCUCAUGUAUGCCCACUUUGACGAGUUGGUCAGCGAUUAUGUGGAGGAAGGCAUGACCUACAAGAAUCUGUUGAGCCAUGGGGCUAUUUGGCUCCUGAAAUACGACUUUGUCCUGGAGUGGCCCAAACCUGUGAUGCCCAACAUGUUUUUUAUUGGCGGUAUCAAUUGCGCAAAACAGCAACCCCUGCCCGCAGAUUUGGAGGAGUUUGUAGAAGGCUCAGGGGAGGAUGGCUUUAUCAUCUUUACCUUGGGCUCCAUGGUGUCCAAGAUGCCAGAGGAGAAAGCCCAACAAUUCCUUGGUGCCUUUCGGCAGAUUCCACAGAAGGUUUUGUGGCGAUACACUGGAGUUGAACUUAAGAAUGUGCCAAAGAAUGUUAAACUGAUGAAGUGGCUACCUCAGAAUGAUCUUUUAGCUCACCCCAAGGCCAAAGCGUUCCUCACCCACGGAGGGACCCAUGGUAUCUAUGAAAGCCUCUGCAACGCUGUUCCCAUGCUCAUGUUUCCACUGUUUGGAGAUCAGGCGGAAAAUGUUCACCGCAUGGUAGUGCGUGGCAUUGCCGAGACGCUCAGUAUGCACGACGUGAAGACAGACGAACUGCUGGUGGCUCUGAAUAAUAUUAUCAAUAACAAACGUUAUAAAGAGAAGAUGGUAAAAUUGUCCGCAAUACACCUGGACCGCCCCGUUCAGCCUUUGGACCUGGCUGUCUUCUGGACCGAGUUUGUCAUGAGACACAAAGGAGCAGCACAUCUACGUGUAGCGGCACACGAUUUGAACUGGUUCCAGUACCACAGCCUAGAUGUCGCUGGUUUCCUGCUCGCUGUGGUUGUGACUGCGCUGUGGGUGACUCUUAAGUGCUGCUUGUUCUGCACCCGCAAGGGUUGUAGAAAGGGGACUGCAAAGAGGAAAUCAGAGUAAAAGCUCUGACAGAUGUAAAUGGGAUGUAAAGUUCUAUGACUAUUGUAAUGGUGUAUGAAUGGAUGUGUGUCUGUGUUGAAUGUGUGCCGGCAACAUUUUAAGAUGAUCUAAACAAAAAAAAUAAUAAAAAUUGUUUUGGCUAA